AUGAACAAUUUUUCAAAACUUCAUCUCUCCUUCCAAACCGAUGUUAACAAACGAAAUUGUUUGCAUUUAGCUGCACUUUAUGAUUGUUCCGGUUUCAUUCGAAUUUUCACACUCAUGGUGAGCUAUGCAGAAAUUCAAGAGUUGAUGCUUUCUCAAGAUUUUGAAGGAGAAACUCCAUUUCAUAUUGCGUGUCGAACAGGACAUGUACAAGUGGUGGAAACAUUUUUACAAAUUUUUGAAAUUUUUAGAGAAGUGAAUUUUCACAUUCCAAUGAAUGAUGAACAAAUUGGGAAUUUGACGUGUGUAGUGAAUUCAUCGAACUCGUCGUCACAGCGUCGACAACAUUUGAGGAAUCACAGUAAGGAUAGCAAUCAUCAUUCAUUAAUUCUAGAUCCAACUUUAUUAUUUUUCCAAAUUAAGAAUAAGAAAGGAGAGACGCCUUUGCAUUCUGCAGUUUCAUCAUUGAUUGAAGUUCAUCAAAAUUUGAAAAAUGCUGCCAAACUGAAUGCUAAUAUUUUGGAUUCUUCUUCUCAACAACAACGAAAACAACAUUCACAACAACAGCUUGACGGAGAUUUUUUAAAUAUCCAACCACUGAAACAACAGACGACUAAACGAAAAAAAACAUUUUUGGAAAUUUCACACAAACACAAAAAACGAAAUUUAAGGAAAAUUAUUUCCAAGCUCAUCGACGACUCACGAGUGGACGUUCAUUCGAAAAAUAAUGUUGGGAAAAGUAUUCAUGACGAUUUACGAGAAUUUACAGAUUAUUUCGACAAUUCAAAAUGCGAGCCAACAGUCAGCAACUCGUCACUCCACGUGGCUUCUCCAAGUUCAAUCAUGAUCUUGUCAGGUUCUAGAUCUUCCAUCAAAUUUUUUUCAAAACCCUUAUUUUCGAUCUCUUCUAAAGGUCAUUAUGUAGAAAAAAGUGCAACAACAAGCCGAUCGAUGAAAGCACGAUAG